AUGAUGACGUCGAUGGCGCAGUUGAUGUUCGACGAGUACGGUCAGCCGUUCAUCGUCAUGCGAGAUCAGGAGAAGCAGAAAAGGCUUACCGGCAUUGAAGCUGUGAAGAGUCACAUUCUUGCUGCUCGAUCCGUUGCGAAUACACUGCGUACAUCCCUUGGCCCUCGUGGACUGGAUAAAAUGCUGGUAUCUUCUGACGGAGAAGUAACCAUUACUAAUGAUGGAGCUACCAUCAUGGAGAAAAUGGAUGUGCAACACCACGUUGCCAAACUAAUGGUGGAACUCAGCAAGUCGCAGGAUGAUGAGAUUGGUGAUGGAACCACCGGAGUUGUAGUGCUCGCUGGCGCUCUUCUCGAGGAAGCUGAACGAUUGCUUGAUCGUGGAAUUCAUCCGAUUAAAAUUGCCGAUGGCUUCGAUUUGGCAUGCAAAAAGGCAUUGCAAACUCUUGACAGUAUGGCAGACAAAUUUCCUGUGGCUGAUAGGGAACGUCUUGUAGAAACGGCGCAAACUUCCCUGGGAAGUAAAAUUGUGAACAGAUGUAUUAGACAGUUUGCCGAAAUUGCCGUAGAUGCAGUGCUAUCAGUCGCUGAUCUUGAAACACGUGAUGUCAACUUUGAACUCAUCAAAGUGGAGGGAAAGGUCGGUGGCCAUUUGGAGGAUACUGUGUUGGUCAAGGGAAUCAUAAUCGACAAGACAAUGUCGCAUCCACAAAUGCCAAAGGAACUGAAGGAUGUAAAAGUCGCUAUUCUCACUUGUCCGUUUGAACCUCCAAAGCCGAAGACUAAGCAUAAGCUCGAUAUCACCUCUUCGGAAGAUUUCAAGGCUUUGCGCAACUAUGAAAAGGAGACAUUUGAGACUAUGAUCAAGCAGGUCAAAGACAGCGGUGCCACUCUGGCCAUCUGUCAGUGGGGCUUCGAUGACGAAGCGAAUCAUCUUCUGCAUCAUCAUCAGCUUCCAGCUGUGCGUUGGGUAGGAGGACCAGAAAUAGAACUUCUUGCAAUUGCAACCAAUGGCCGCAUUGUACCUAGGUUUUCUGAGCUAUCUCCAGCCAAACUUGGCUCUGCUGGUUUGGUGCGAGAAAUCACAUUUGGAACCGCUCGCGACCGCAUGCUUUCUGUUGAGCAAUGUCCAAACAGCAAAGCGGUGACGAUCUUCGUGCGUGGCGGAAACAAAAUGAUUGUUGACGAGGCUAAACGUUCGCUCCAUGACGCACUAUGUGUGAUUCGUAAUUUAGUUCGUGAUGAUCGUAUUGUUUACGGUGGUGGAUCAGCUGAAACUGCUUGUGCUAUAGAAGUUGCGAAGGAAGCUGAUAAGAUUGAAGGAGUAGAGCAAUACGCCUUCCGCGCGUUUGCUGAUGCCCUCGAAGCUAUCCCGAUGGCGUUAGCAGAAAACAGUGGGCUCAAUCCGAUAGAUGCAAUUACCGAUUUGAAGGCAAAACAAAUCAAAACUGGAGAGUCUUAUCUGGGCAUCGAUGCUCUGUUCAAGGGAACUAACGACAUGAAAGAACAAAAAGUUAUUGAGACACUUGUUUCAAAGAGGGAACAAGUUUCGCUAGCUACUCAGGUUGUACGUAUGAUCCUCAAAAUCGAUGACGUUCGAGUCCCCGAUGACGAACAAUCUCAAUAUUGAUAUCAUAGUCAGAAACAUCCAAUCAUUUUUUGCGGAAGUCACAAAGGUCUUACCCCGAAGUUUUUUGUUUUUGCUAUUCAACUCUAUGCAUUAUAUGCUUUGCUUUGUAAGAAAAACUUUGAAUGUUCCUUACAUGGCAAGUUCAAGCUCUCUCCGUUCCAUUGUUGCCGUGGUCCAUGCUUUACUACGGAAUCCCGACUUUUGUUUUGCAACGGUGCUCAUCCGUUUGCUUUUGCUUUGUGAGCAAAGCUAUUGUUUUAGUUCUUGUUGUCGAAUAAAUUUGUUUGAUG